UGACGUCAGCACGUCACGUCAGCUGUUUUGUGUUUACAUCAGUUCGGUUUUCUAUCUCUCUCUCUCUCCUAGAGAAGUCAAGUUCAGCGCUGUUGUUUUUAGUGUGAAGUUAAAGGUUUCCUAACGAAAUGUGGAACAGCAGCGUUUACACGAUCGAUGGGUAAAACCUUGAGUGAAAGCGUUGUCGAUUCCGCCAUCGCACGACUGUGCUAGGCCUCUGUCCACUCUGACCUCUGAUACACGCUCUAUUCUUCACCAUGGGUGGUGCUGUGAGUGCUGGGGAGGACAAUGAUGAACUGAUUGACAACCUGAAGGAAGCACACUACAUUCGUUCAGAUUUGGUGGAGAGGGCUUUCCGAGCCAUAGAUCGUGCUGAUUACUAUUUGGAGGAGUACAGGGACAGUGCCUACAAAGACCUGGCCUGGAGGCAUGGCAACCUCCACCUGUCUGCUCCCUGCAUCUAUUCAGAAGUGAUGGAAGCGCUGGAGCUGCAUCCUGGCCUUUCAUUUCUCAACCUAGGCAGUGGAACAGGCUACCUCAGCACCAUGGUGGGCCUCAUACUGGGUCCAUUCGGUGUGAAUCACGGUGUUGAGCUGCAUGCAGAUGUAGUGGAGUAUGCCUACCAGAAACUCGACUACUUCAUCAAAACCAGCGACAGCUUUGACAGAUUUGAGUUCUGUGAGCCGUCAUUCGUGGUGGGGAACUGUCUGGAGAUUCCUCCAGAGAGCCGCCAGUAUGACAGAGUGUACUGUGGGGCUGGAGUGCAGAAAGAAUACGAGAACUACAUGAAGAACCUGCUGAAGGUUGGAGGAAUUUUAGUGCUGCCUCUGGAGGAGAAGUUGACCAAGAUCACACGCACGGGUCAGAACUCCUGGGAGACGAAGAAAAUCAUAGCUGUCACUUUUGCUCCUCUGGUGCAGCCCAAACAAAGCAUUAAUGGGAGAUGCAAGAGUGUGCCACUGCCCAUCUUUGAGGUGCGCACACUGCAGGAUUUGGCACGCAUCUCCAUCCGCCACACGCUGCGCCAGCCUAUGGAGCUGACGGAGAGCCGUUCCAAAAGGCGAGUGUCGUUCCCUGGAGCUCGCGCCAUGCACCGCUACGGGCCUCGCUUUGAACGCCGCCGUUUCUGUCGCCGCUUCUACCGCCAGUGCAUCAGCUCCACCAUCCUUCAUGAGUCCAUGAUGCCGAUGGCCACAGAUGACUGCAGCUACCCAGGAGGAGUGGAAGAAGAGGAAGAGGAGGAAGCUGAGGAGGAGAGGAACUGCAACCAAACAGGGGGGGACCUGCAGGAAGAGGAGGAGGAGGAGGAAGAGGAGGAGAGUGCACCUGGUGAAGAAGAGGAGAAGGUCAAGCCAGCCGAGGCACCAGUCAAUAUUCUGAGGCAGAGGAUCCUGGGACUGCCCUUGCCUGAGCCGCUCAAGAUGUAUCUCUUAUAUUAUCGUGAGAAAUGAGUUAGUGCCAAGGCGAAUUUUAAAGGACCAACACACACGAGCCCACCCAUAAUUAAAUCUCUACCUGUUUUCCCAGUGAGAUGCAAACUUAGCUGCAUUCUGAAUGCAUGAAGAACUCAUAUGGGUGUCCUGCACUUCCUUCCUACCACAUAUUUUCUGCAUCUCAUCUGUGAUUUCUGUCUGAUUUUAGAAAACCCAGCCCCGUUUUGCAGUGAACAAACACCUGGCUGGUGGACUUUUUCAGAAAGAUGUGUGAUGCUGUGACUUGACUGACAGUAGCAUCAUUUUUUGGACGUUUGCCGAGAUUGGUGUGUUGGAUUAAAGUCAAUGUAUUUUAUUACCGUAGGUUUAUGGAAGCUGUUGUCUAUUGUUAAACCGCUUUCUUUGUUACAGUCUCUCUUAUCAUGAGGUACUAAAUUCCAUUUGCAUGUGUAAUGCUACUGUGCACCUGCAUUUUGCUGUGAUCUGCUUCAACACUGUAUGCUGUGCAAGUCAGUUUAUGUCUGGGGGGAAGAAAGGCACCUUUGACCCAGUCAUUGUAAUGUCACUGGUCAGAUGUUCACAUCAUGUGGAAAUGAAAUGAUUUAUCAUGCCCCUAGACUCCAGCACACAGCAUGCACCACACUGCAACACGCACACAUGACAUGCUUUGGAGCGUGACGUGGAAAUAAUAGUGUUUAGGGCCCUGGAUCACAUAAUGGGCAGCAUACCUGGAGGGGAGGGGGUCCUGUGAAUUUAUUAUUUAUUUACAAAUCACAGUUAUCAAUGUUAUCAUUAUUUUACAUUUCUGAUCACUUGAAUUGAUUUAGUCCAAACUCUACUACUUAGGAGUUCUAUAAAUUGGUCAAGGUCUAUAAAUAAUAUCUAUAUAUAAAUUUUCAACACAUUUAUUUAAAUGUCUAUGAUAUAUACACCAAUCAAGCAUAACAUUAUGACCACCUGCCUAAUAUUGUGUUGGUCCCCCUUUUGCUGCUAAAACAGCCCUGACCCGUCCUGCACUGUGUAUUCUGACACCUUUCUAUCAGAACCAGCAUUAACUUCUUCAGCAGUUUCAGCAACAGUAGCUCUGUUGGAUCGGAUCACACGGGCCAGCCUUCGCUCCCCACGUGCAUCAAUGAGCCUUGACCGUCCAUGACCCUGUCGCCGGUUCACCGCUGUUCCUUCCUUGGACCACUUUUGAUAGAUACUGACCACUGCAGACCGGGAACACCCCACAAGAGCUGCAGUUUUGGGCGAUGCUUGUCCAUUUUUCCUGCUUCUAAUGUUCUCUUGCUGCCUUAUAUAUCCCACCCACUAACAGGUGCCAUAAGGUCAUAAUGUUAUGCUUGAUCGGUGUAUGUAUGUACGUACACAUAAAAUCAUACACAUUUAAAUAAAUGUGUUUAAAAUAAGAAUUGAAAAUGGUCUAAAAAACACAUCAUAUUUUCCAAUAUUUUUCUAGUCCCAAGCUUCCCAAGUUUCUAUGUAUUUCAAGUACAUCUUCAUUAUAUUUGAAAUGUAAAAGAAAGUGCUCAGAAACUAUGUCCCUACUCAGGAAUAGUCCCAAGGUUAAGUUUCUCCGAGGUAGUUGAAUUGACCAAAAAUGCUAUUAAAAAGUAUAGAAUUGUUUUUAUUUUGACCAAAAACAAGACAGAAUUGUUACAUUUUAUACUACGCUUACUAAUAAAAUAAAAUAAAAUAAAAUAAAAUAGGCUUAGCUCUGAGAAGUAAAACGUCUUGCUUCUAAUUACAUUGCAUUUGCAGAAUUUUAAGUAUUUUUCUUUCUUUAUUUCUUUGGACACUGACAAAGAUGCUUACUUCAUUGGAUCCAUCAUUAAAAGUUGCCUACAUGCCUGAAAACAGCAUAUCUACAUAAUACCUUGAAAUGAUUGUGAGAAUUUAGGUAAUGUAUAGACUUUCAAUAAAUUUCAGUUUGCACAGGCAUCUUCGAAUC